CCAGCGUCUCCCUGGUCCAAUCCAGUUUCAGAUGAGAACACGCUCCUGGGCAAAGAAGCUUGAGAGAGGCCAGAACGACUUCUAGACAAGCUGCUGCGAAACCCUCCCGCGCCCUGGCUCUCAUGCUAGGCGCCCGCCUGCGUCCUCCCAAGGUGCACCGAGCAAUGGCAGUCGCUGGGCUCCCGAGCCCCGGGUGCGGAGCCUUCUGCACACAGCUACUGCUGACCCUCUGGAUCUUCAGUUUUGCUGGUGAAGCCUGUAAAAAUGUGACAUUAAAUGUCCCUUCAACACUAAAAAUGGACCAGAUAAUCGGAAGAGUUAAUUUGAAAGAAUGUCUCAGCUCUGCUGAUGGCAUCAGGCCAAGUGAUCCUGAUUUCAGAGUUCUAGAUGAUGGGUCAGUUUAUCCAGCCAGAGCUCUUGUGUUGUCUGGUGAGAAAAGAUCGUUUACCAUUCAGCUUUCUGACUCAAAGACACAGACACAGAAAGAGAUCCAAGUAAUCCUGGAGCACCAGAAGAAGGUCUUGAAGAAAAGACACACGAAGGAUACUGUCCUCAGGAGAGCCAAGAGAAGAUGGGCACCCAUUCCUUGUUCUAUGCAAGAGAAUUCCCUGGGUCCCUUCCCAUUGUUUCUUCAACAGGUUCAGUCUGAUGCAGCUCAGAACUACACUAUCUUAUACUCACUAAGUGGGCGCGGAGUCGACCAAGAACCACUGAAUUUGUUUUUCAUAGAGAGAGACACUGGGAAUUUGUUUUGCACUCGGCCUGUGGACCGUGAGGAAUAUGAUGUUUUUGAUUUGAUCGCCUACGCAUCCACUGCAGAUGGCUAUUCAGCUGAUUUACCUCUCCCACUGCCCAUCAAAAUAGAGGAUGAAAAUGACAAUUAUCCUCUUUUUACGGAAGCAAUUUAUAAUUUUGAAAUUCCAGAAAGCAGUAGACUUGGUACUGUGGUGGGAGUGGUUUGUGCCACAGAUAAAGAUGAACCAGACACGAUGCACACACGCCUCAAGUAUAGCAUCUUGGAGCAGAACCCACAGUCACCUGGGCUCUUUUCUGUGCACCCUGACACCGGUGUCAUCACCACCGUCUCUCAUUACAUGGACAGAGAGGUUGUAGACAAAUACACAUUGAUAUUGAAAGUCCAAGACAUGAAUGGCCACAUUUUUGGACUGAUCAGUACCUCAACUUGCAUCAUAACAGUGCAAGAUUCCAAUGACAACGCACCCACAUUCAGACAAAAUGCUUAUGAGACUUCUGUGGAGGAGAACACGUACAAUGUUGAAAUCUUGCGCAUACCUGUAGACGACAAGGACUUGAUGGAGAGUGCCAACUGGAGGGCAAAUUUCACCAUCUUAAAAGGAAAUGAGAAUGGGCACUUCAAAAUCACAACAGACCCAGCCAUCAAUGAGGGUGUUCUGUGUGUUGUGAAGCCACUAGAUUAUGAAGAAAACCGUCAAGUGACGCUAGAGAUUGGAGUGAACAAUGAAGUUCCCUUCAUCAGAGAAGUUGCAAGCCGAGUACCCACCAUGAACCGGGCCUUGGUUACAGUUCAUGUGAGGGAUCAGGAUGAGGGGCCAGAAUGCAGCCCGCCUCAGCAGUAUGUGCGGAUCAAAGAAAACUCAGCAGUGGGGUCCAAGAUCAACGGCUAUAAGGCCUAUGACCCUGAAACCAAGAAUAGCAAUGGCUUAAGGUAUAAAAAAUUGCAGGAUCCUAAAGAAUGGGUCAGCAUUGAAGAAGUUUCAGGGCUGCUCACCAUAUCAAAAGUUCUAGACAGAGAAGCCAUGACUCCAAGAAGUGACUUAUAUAAUAUUACAGUCAUGGCAAUAGACCAAGAGGGUAAAUCAUGCACAGGAACACUUGCAGUGAACAUUGAGGAUGUCAAUGACAAUGCACCAGUGAUACUUCAAGAUUAUCUUGUUAUCUGCAAGCCAAAGAUGGAGUAUACGGACAUUUCAGCUGUGGAUGCUGAUGAGCCUGUCAACGGCCCUCCCUUUCAGUUCAACUUGGCAAGCUCUUCUGUAGAAGUCAACAGAAUCUGGACCAUCAACCAAGUUAAUGAUACAGCUGCCCGCUUGUCCUAUCGGAAAAAUGCUGCAGUUCAAGAAUACACCAUUCCUGUGAGUGUAAAAGACAGAGCAGGCCAAUCCACGACCAAAGUCUUGAGAGUCAACCUGUGUGACUGUACUCAUCCUAGCCAGUGUAUGGCCAGGUCAAGGAGUUCAGGGGUCACCUUGGGGAAGUGGGCCAUCCUUGCCAUCUUGUUGGGCAUCGCAUUGCUAUUUUCGGUGCUGCUGACUUUAGUAUGUGGAGUUGUUACUGCCCGGAAAGGAAAGCAUUUUCCUGAAGAUUUAGCCCAGCAAAACUUAAUUAUAUCAAACACUGAAGCACCUGGGGAUGACAGGGUGUGCUCUGCCAACGGAUUCACCACCCAGACUGCCAACAACUCCAGCCACGGCGUCUGUGGUACGAUGGGAUCGGGAAUGAGAAAUGGUGGGCAGGAGACAAUUGAGAUGAUGAAAGGGCACCAGACCUUAGACUCCUGCCGUGUGGCUGGGCAUCAGCACACCCUGGAUUCCUGCAGAGGCGGACCCGUGGAGAGCGACAAUUGCAGAUACACCUACUCAGAGUGGUACAGUUUCACUCAGCCCCGACUCGGCGAAAAAUUGCAUGCUUGUAGUCAGAAUGAAGACCACAUCCCAUCCCAAGACUAUGUCCUCACCUAUAACUACGAAGGCAGAGGAUCUCCAGCAGGUUCUGUAGGCUGCUGCAGCGAAAAGCAGGAAGAAGAGGGACUUGACUUUUUAAACAACUUGGAACCCAAAUUUCUUACAUUGGCAGAAACAUGCACAAAGAGAUAACGGCACAAGGUUACCAUUCGACAUGGCCUUAGCAGUUACUCCAGAAGUUUGAACCGACAAUACUGUAAAACAGAGUCAUUAUUUACACAAAAUGGACCUGAGUUAUAUUGGCUUGUGAUAUUCUGACUUUAGUCUAGUGUGAAAUUGACACAUAUUCAGGAGAAACCAU